GUAUAGGUGUGAAGAGAAAAAAAAUGAAAUGUCCGUACAAAAAAGAAAACCCAAUUGAAUACGUCAAGCCUCAUGAACAGGUCCCCUUCGAUUACUCAAUAUAGUAAUUUCCAAGGUCCCAAUCGACGACCAUUUCCUUGUCUGUGUACUCGCAUUGAAAUUAUCGUAGUCGGAUUUGUCCUGUUAUCCACCUCUGUUUCUCUCUCUCUCUUUGCUUAUUUCUGCAGGUCCUGAAAAGAUCCAAUUCUGGGUUCUGCAUUCGACUAAAUGGCUUCCUCUGCAACUUAUUUCUUCAAGUCCUGAAAAACCAAAUUAUGGGGCCUGAAAUGGCUUCCUCAGCAAUGACAGUAGCUGCACUAAUUUUCUCUCUCUUCUCUUUGUCCAACUCAAUCAACACUUUCCCUCUCUCCUCCCAUUAUAGGUCAAUUGGAAGACCAUCCCCUCCCUUCCCUUCUUCUCUUAUUAAACCUGAACUUUUGAAGCCAACUAUUAGCUAUUCAAGUGAGAAGGUAUAUUAUGAGAUUAAGUAUUUUACACAGACAUUGGAUCAUUUCAACUAUGUUCCAUGGGGCUAUGAAACUUUUCAGCAGAGGUAUCUCAUUAAUUCUAAGUACUGGGGUGGCCCCAUAGACAAGGCUCCAAUCUUUGUGUACACAGGAAAUGAAGGGGACGUCGAAUGGUUUGCACAGAAUACAGGCUUCAUGUUUGAGAAUGCCCCUUAUUUCAAAGCCCUCUUAGUUUUCAUUGAGCAUAGAUAUUAUGGGGAGUCUAUACCUUAUGGGAGUGAGGAGAUUGCUUAUAAGAAUGCUAGCACCCAUGGGUAUCUGAGUUCGGCUCAGGCAUUGGCUGAUUACGCGAUGUUGAUCAUUGAUCUCAAGAAGAAUUUGUCUGCCGAAGACUCUCCAGUUGUUGUCAUGGGUGGUUCUUAUGGUGGAAUGUUGGCCACAUGGUUCAGGUUAAAAUAUCCACACGUCUGCAUUGGAGCUUUGGCAUCUUCCGCUCCAAUUCUAAACUUCGCAGACAUUACCUCUCCCUAUUCCUUCAAUAACAUCGUCACCGAAGAUUUCAGGAGCGAGAGCGAGAACUGUUACAAGGUGAUAAAGAAUUCAUGGCAGAAAAUUCAUGAAACCGCACAGCAGCCAGGGGGACUUGAAGAGCUUAGAAAGUCUUUCAGAAUCUGCCCGAAUUACAUUAGCGAAGAUUCGUUGACAAAUUGGUUGGAAAGGGCGUUCAUAUACACGGCCAUGACUGAUUAUCCAGUUCCCUCUAGCUUUCUUGCACCCCUACCUGCUUUUCCCAUUGAACAAAUGUGCAAGGCUGUGGAUGAUGCGGGAGAUGAACAGUUCAAAGGAAUUUAUGAAGCUGCCAAUAUUUUCUACAAUUACACAGGAGAUUCCAUGUGUUUCAAUCUCUCCGAUAACUCCGACCGACACGGCUUAAAUGGAUGGGGAUUUCAGGCUUGCACGGAAAUGUUGUUGGCAACAGGGGGGAGGACUCAGGAAAGCAUUUUCCCACCCUACACCUACAACUACACUCAAACACAAGAAUAUUGCCAACAGUCCUAUGGAAUAAACCCAAGGCCUCACUGGAUUACUACACACUUUGGUGGCCAUGAUAUCAAGAGGGUAUUGAAACGCUUUGGAAGCAACAUUAUUUUCUUCAAUGGAUUAAGAGACCCUUGGAGUGGUGGAGGGGUGCUGGAGAACUUGUCUGACAGCAUUGUGGCAUUAGUCGCCAAAGAAGGCGCCCACCACAUUGAUCUUAGGUUUUCGACUGAAGGAGAUCCCAUGUGGCUUAGCGAAGUUCGAAAGAGAGAGAUUCACAUCCUAAGCAUGUGGCUGGAGCAAUACUACAAAGAUAUUGCUUGAAUUGCUAUAUUACAUAGAAACAGACACACUGAUGUUUAUUUGUGACAUAUAUGCAAUUGUCAGAAAUAUGAACU